AUGCAUACAAUUUGGUCUCGAGCGAAUGCAGUAUUCGCUUGUAUGUUAACUGUACUUUCUGCGAUGACUUUCUGUGUUUUUAUUUCAACCGUCUUUCUUAAAAAUUCAACAUCAGUUGUAAUUUCCGGAAAUAAUGUCCGAGUGAAAAAUGUUGUAGAUUAUGCAGCUGAUCAAGUUGGCGCACGUAGCGAUGUUGCAAUGGCAGAAUUAAGUAUCGACGUUGAUUUAACUCCUAUAUUUAAUUGGAAUGUUAAACAGAUUUUCUUAUUGUUAGUAGCUGAAUAUUCGACUUCUAAAAAUGCUGUCAAUCAAGUUCGUGCUUUUUAA